AUGGUGUAUGAAUCUGUACCUCGCACAGUUCGAAUAAUUUUGCUAGGUGAAUCAGGGGUUGGCAAAACUUCCUUAAUUCUAUCUUUGGUAACUGAAGAGUUCACUGAACAUGUACCUGCGAAAGCGGAAGAAAUUACAAUACCAGCAGACGUUACACCUGAACAAGUUCCUACCAAUAUUGUUGAUGUGUGUCUCUCUGAACAAACAUCAGAACAAAUAGCAGAAGAAAUAGAAAAAGCUCAUGUGAUAUGCAUAGUUUUCUCAGUUGACAAACAAGAAACACUCAACAAAGUAGCAUCUUACUGGCUUCCCUUUGUGAGAGAUAAUUGUCCAGAUGACUAUAGAAAGCCUGUAAUUUUAGUUGGAAAUAAAAUUGACCUCAUUGAUUAUUCUGUAAUAGAUAAUAUUUGGGAUAUUGCUGAAGAAUAUCCAGAAGUAGACAGAUGUAUAGAAUGUUCAGCAAAAACCCUAACUAAUGUUUCGGAGAUGUUUUAUAAUGCACAAAAGGCAGUAUUACAUCCUAUUGGACCCAUUUAUUCUAUUGAGGAGCAAGAGUUAACUGAAAGUUGCAAGAAAGCACUCUCUAGAAUAUUUAAAAUAUGUGAUUUAGAUGGUGAUGGUCUACUGGAUGAUUAUGAAAUAACAAUAUUCCAAAAGAAAUGUUUUGACACUCCUCUACAAUUGCAGGUUUUGGAUGAAGUAAAAUCUGUUAUUGCACAAAAUAUUGCUGGUGGAAUAGAAAAUGAAUGUAUAACAAUGAAAGGAUUCGUUUACUUACAUUGUCUAUUUAUACAGCGAGGAAGGAAUGAAACAACAUGGACUGUCUUACGCAAAUUUGGUUAUGAUGAGAGCUUGGAGUUAACGCAUAACUAUUUAUAUGCUAACAUAAAGGUGCCAGUGGGAUGUACAACAGAGCUUUCAUAUAAGGGUCAACAGUUUUUGACGCAAACGUUUGAAAAAUAUGACAGAGAUAAAGAUGGCAUGCUGAAUCCUGCAGAAUUGAAAAAUGUUUUUUCUUGUUGUCCACGAGUCCCAUGGCAUAACUUACGGUAUACUGUUCCGACUAAUGAAAAGGGCUACUUAACAUUACAAGGGUGGAUGUGCCGAUGGACAUUAAUGACUUUGUUAGACUUGCAAAACACAAGUGCCUAUUUAGCAUAUCUCGGCUUUAAUUUUCUUGAAAACGAGUCACAAAAAACUGCUAUACAUAUAACUCGUGAGAAGAAAGUGGACAUAGCUAAGAAGCAGUCGAGUCGUAAUGUGUACCAGUGUCACGUGAUUGGUCCGAGGUCCUGCGGGAAGACUUCUAUUUGCAGAAGUUUUCUCGGAAUAGCGCAUAAGAAAAUCAAGCCUCACGCUAACGAGCGUGGCGAUGGCUACAGCACAGAAAAUUGUUGCAUAAACUCAGUAGUAGUGUACGGACAGGAGAAAUAUUUAGUUCUAAAAGAAAUCCCGAUAACGCGCGUAUCAGACCCGCUGCAGCCACACGAAGUGAACUGCGACGUUGCCUGUCUUGUGUACGAUGUCGCCGCUAGCAGAUCUUUUGAAUACAUUGCUAGGAUAUAUAUCAAAUAUUUCGCGGAAAGUCACAUACCCGUGUUAAUAGUGGGCACGAAGGGCGAAGCAAUGGUAGCACGCCAAGAGUACAUAUUACAACCUGAUGUGUUCUGCAACAAGUAUCAACUUCUACCUCCGCAACUGUUUAAUAUCAGAGAAAACAAACACGAUAUCUUCGUCAAACUUGCCACUAUGGCUGCUUUUCCACAUCUGAAACACUUUGCGAGCUUGGCAGGAGACAAUUCAUCAUGGUGGAAGGCCGGCAUUGGCGUCGCGGCUGCUACAAUCAUGGGACUCGUGCUCAUCAAGAUGUUAAAUUUCCAAAGACGAUAG